AAAAAAAAAUUUCUAAUCGUAAUUGAGAACGUCCUAAACCCUCGUUUAAGUCCCCAUUCUCUUGUCUCUCAUUCAAACCCUAGUCCCUACGCAGGUUCUCCUUCACUUCCUCACUCUCACAGACUGUUCUCACCGUUCGUCUACCGCUGCUCUGUUUUCACCUGCGGCUGCUCCUCCUACUUCCUGCAAGCCUGUCGCCUGCCGGAUGGCAACCCGCUCCAAUUUUAUGGGUUCCAAACUAUUGAACCCAGAAUUGAAGGGUUAUGGACAACGUAAAUUAUUUCUGUCUCGAAAUUCUAUUAGCACGCGUAAAAAUUUAGGCCAUGGGCUGGUUCGUUGCUCUGGUCAAUUACCAAAUUUUCUUAACCAUAGUGUUGGUUUGAAGAGUUCAAAGUUAGGGAAGCUGAAGGCUAUUGUUUCAGGAGAUGUCCCGGUUGCAUUAAGUGAAGAAUUACCACAGUCGGUGGAUGAGGUAACUCAUUUUUUCCGUGUUCCGCUGAUUCAAGAUAAUGCUGCUGAUGAGUUAUUGAGGUCAAUUCAGACAAAGAUAUCGAACGAAAUAAUUGAUUUGAAAACUGAACAGUGUUUUAAUGUUGGGUUGGAAACUGAUCUUUCAAGUGAAAAACUUUUAGCUGUUAGGUGGCUGUUGGGUGAGACUUAUGAACCUGAAAAUUUAGGGACAAAGAGCUUUCUUGAUAAGGAGACAAUGGAAGGUUGCAAUUCCAUAGUUGUCGAGGUAGGACCUAGAUUAUCCUUUACAACAGCAUGGUCCACUAAUGCUGUAUCAAUUUUCCGAUCAUGUGGUUUAACUGAGGUAAAUCGCCUUGAACGUUCUAGGAGGUACAAGUUGUUUUCUAAGAAUUCUUUGUCAGAACAGCAGAUACAUGAAUUCGCUUCCAUGGUUCAUGAUCGAAUGACUGAAUGUGUGUAUACUCAAAGGCUUACAAGCUUUAAGACAAAUGUGGUGCCUGAGGAAGUUCAGUAUGUGCAAGUGAUGGAAAAAGGUAGAAAGGCGCUUGAAGAAAUUAACGGAAAAAUGGGUUUGGCAUUUGAUGAGCAAGAUCUUCAGUAUUAUACUUGGCUUUUCAAGGAAGACAUUAAGCGGAACCCUACUAAUGUUGAAUUAUUUGAUAUUGCGCAGUCUAAUAGUGAACACAGCAGGCAUUGGUUUUUUACCGGUAAAUUGGUGAUAGAUGGUAUACCUGUGGAAAGGACCCUUAUGCAGAUUGUGAAGAGUACGCUGAAGGCAAACCCUAACAAUUCAGUGAUUGGGUUCAAGGAUAAUUCUAGUGCAAUAAGAGGAUUUAUUGUGAAUCAAUUGCGCCCUCUUUUGCCAGGUUUAACCUGUCCUUUGGAUGUGCAGAAACGUGAUCUUGAUAUUCUCUUUACUGCUGAGACUCACAAUUUCCCGUGUGCUGUUGCUCCUUACCCUGGUGCAGAAACUGGGGCGGGUGGUAGGAUUAGGGAUACACAUGCUACAGGUAGAGGAUCAUUUGUAGUGGCUGCUACAGCAGGUUAUUGUGUUGGAAACUUGAAUAUGGAAGGUUCUUAUGCCCCUUGGGAAGAUCCGUCAUUUACUUAUCCUUCGAACUUAGCUUCACCUUUGCAAAUUCUCAUUGAUGCCAGCAAUGGUGCUUCUGAUUAUGGGAACAAAUUUGGGGAACCCUUGAUUCAGGGUUACACUAGGACUUUUGGGAUGAGGCUUCCAAAUGGUGAGAGGCGGGAAUGGUUGAAGCCGAUAAUGUUUAGUGCUGGAAUAGGGCAAAUUGAGCACGUCCAUAUAACCAAGGGCGAGCCUGAAAUUGGCAUGCUAGUUGUAAAGAUUGGUGGCCCUGCUUAUCGCAUUGGGAUGGGAGGAGGUGCUGCUUCGAGUAUGGUGAGUGGUCAGAAUGAUGCUGAGCUUGAUUUUAAUGCUGUACAGCGUGGAGAUGCAGAAAUGGCACAGAAAUUGUAUCGUGUUGUUCGUGCAUGUGUUGAAAUGGGUGAUAAAAAUCCUAUUAUAAGCAUCCAUGAUCAAGGUGCGGGUGGUAAUUGUAAUGUUGUAAAGGAGAUAAUUUAUCCUAAGGGUGCUCAAAUUGAUAUCAGGGCUGUAGUAGUUGGUGAUCACACAAUGUCAAUAUUGGAGAUAUGGGGUGCAGAGUAUCAGGAGCAAGAUGCCAUAUUGGUGAAGGCUGAGAGUCGUAGCAUGUUACAAUCAAUUUGUGAUAGAGAGAGGUUAUCGAUGGCUGUGAUUGGAACUAUCAAUGGGGCAGGACGUGUUGUUUUGGUUGAUGGUGCUGCUAUUGAGAAAAGCCGUCUUGACGGAGUCCCCCCUCCCCCUCCCGCGGUAGAUCUUGAGCUUGAAAAGGUGCUUGGUGACAUGCCUCAGAAAACUUUUGAGUUCCAGCGUGUUGCCCAUCCUCAAGAGCCACUUGAUAUUGCUCCUGGAACAACAGUGAUGGAUUCCUUGAAAAGGGUGUUAAGACUCCCAUCUGUGUGCUCAAAGCGUUUCUUAACCACAAAGGUGGAUAGGUGUGUCACUGGCCUUGUCGCGCAGCAGCAGACUGUGGGCCCCUUACAAAUUACUCUUGCUGAUGUAGCAGUUAUUGCCCAGAGCUACACCAACUUCACUGGAGGUGCUUGUGCUAUUGGCGAGCAGCCUAUUAAGGGUUUGUUGAAUCCUAAAGCAAUGGCAAGAUUAGCUGUUGGUGAAGCACUCACAAAUCUCAUAUGGGCGAAAAUUACAUCUCUUUCAGAUGUUAAAGCCAGUGGCAACUGGAUGUAUGCUGCCAAGCUUGAUGGGGAAGGUGCAAACAUGUAUGAUGCUGCCACAGCCCUUUCUGAAGCCAUGAUUGAACUUGGUAUUGCUAUAGAUGGUGGAAAAGAUAGUCUUUCCAUGGCUGCCAAUGCAGGUGGUGAGGUCGUCAAAGCCCCAGGAAAUCUUGUAAUCAGCGCCUACGUAACUACUCCUGACAUAACAAAAACUGUUACUCCAGAUCUAAAGCUAGAAGAUAAUGGAGUUUUGAUUUAUAUUGAUCUGGCUAAAGGAAAGCGCCGCCUAGGGGGUUCUGCACUUGCCCAGGCCUUUGAUCAAAUUGGCAGCCAGUCUCCUGAUCUUGAUGAUGUCCCUUACUUUAAGAGAUCAUUCAAUGCAGUUCAGGAUCUAAUCGCAGAUGAUCUCAUUUCUGCUGGUCAUGAUGUUAGUGAUGGUGGGUUACUUGUCAGCCUCCUGGAGAUGGCUUUUGCAGGAAACUGUGGGCUUUCUCUGGAACUAAAAUCUGAAGGGCAUAGUCUUUUUGAAACUCUCUUUGCUGAGGAGCUAGGUUUGAUUCUUGAGGUCGACACAAUGUUAGUGGAAUCAGUAAAGGGGAAAUUAAGUAGUGCUGGCAUCUCGUCGGAGAUCAUUGGCCGAGUCACUUCAGGGAAAACUAUUGAUUUGGCAGUUGACGGGAUCAUUCAUUUGAACGAAGAUGUGGCUUACUUGAGGGAUAUGUGGGAAGAAACCAGUUUCAAUUUAGAAAAAUUCCAAAGGUUGGCCUCAUGUGUUGAAUCAGAGAAAGAAGGUUUAAAGCAUCGACAAGAACCUUCUUGGUCUUUGUCCUUCACCCCUGCUGUUACAGAUGAUAAAUACAUGCUUGCAACCACCAAACCAAAAGUGGCCAUUCUCCGUGAGGAAGGUAGCAAUGGUGAUAGAGAAAUGUCAGCUGCAUUCUAUGCUGCUGGUUUUGAGCCAUGGGAUGUUGCGAUGUCAGACCUCCUUAGUGGAACUGUUUCUUUGAAAGAAUUUCGUGGGAUUGCAUUUGUUGGAGGCUUUAGUUAUGCCGAUGUUCUUGAUUCAGCUAAGGGUUGGUCAGCUUCGAUAAGAUUUAAUCAACCUCUUCUAGAUCAAUUUCAAGAAUUCUACCAUCGACCUGAUACUUUCAGUCUCGGGGUCUGCAACGGUUGUCAGCUUAUGGCUUUACUUGGAUGGAUCCCGGGCCCGGAAGUUGGCGGUGUACAUGGUAAUGGUGGUGAUACUGCACAACCUAGGUUCAUCCACAACGAAUCGGGACGAUUUGAAUGCCGUUUCACAAGUGUGUCAAUUGGAGACUCUCCUGCUAUUAUGUUAAAAGGAAUGAAAGGUAGUACCCUAGGUGUAUGGGCUGCUCACGGUGAGGGAAGAGCCUAUUUUCCAGAUACUGAUGUUCUAAACAGUGUUCUUGGUUCUGAUUUAGCUCCCUUGAGAUACUGUGACGACCUUGGGAAACCAACAGAAACGUACCCAUUUAACCUUAAUGGAUCCCCUCUUGGGAUUGCGGCUAUCUGCUCUCCAGAUGGCAGGCAUCUGGCUAUGAUGCCUCACCCUGAGCGUUGCUUCUUAAUGUGGCAAUACCCCUGGUAUCCAAAGCACUGGAAUGUUGAUAAGAAGGGGCCAAGUCCAUGGUUGCGGUUGUUCCAAAAUGCUCGUGAAUGGUGUUCGUAAUUUCUUUCGGCAGUCAUUCUUAUUCCUUGCAUUUAGCGUAAGGAUACUAUCAUAUCUUGAACUACCACCUAUAUUUUCAUCCUUUUGGCCUCUUGGUUCCCCCCUCUCCCUCAAAAAAAUAAGUUAUUUGUCUUCUAAAACACAUUUUUUGCUCAGACCUUCCAAAUUUGUUACAACAAUUAGAUUCACAUUUUGUGCUCUUCAACUGCACCUGACAACUGUUAAAGCAAGUUCUUAUGGAAUAAUUAACAUUGAUGGCAUAAAAGAGGUUGUUUCAUCAUCCAUUGCAACCUCGAGGGGCUAUUACUGUCUUUAGUUACUACCGGGUCGUCUCCACAAAGAUCCCCUCUUUUCUUGCUAAGUUACCUCUUGGUGAGUACCGGGCUUUCAUCUUUUUCAAAGGCUCAAGCGCAACUACAACAUUUCACUAUCCCAAUGCCGUUAAAUGGCUUCCACCUAGGAUGGGGUUUGAGAGAGUCAGAUGUUAUUAUAGAUGCUGACACUAUUGAUAAAGAUUUCGAGAUUUUAGAAGCAGUAGCAAUCAAGUGUAACAAUUAUUUACAUAAAUCUGUAUAAACUAAAUUGCAAUGUAAGCAGAAGUUUGCGAACCUUGAUAGUAGCACUUGAUAUUUACUGUGAAAUCCGAGUUGACGACAUGUCUGCCAUUGCUGAGCUUAAUGAAGCUGCGGAUGCUGCUUCCAUUGAUGAUUGCUUUCUGAAAUAAUGAAGAGUAAUGUACAAGUUGGUAAUCCUAGUAUAGUGGUCUUCAUCUGAAAGUAAUUUUAAUGGACAAAUUAGUUUAGUUGAUAUGAUAAGUUUGUUUUUGAUAG